AUGAUCAAGUCCAAGUGGUACGAAGCUUGGGGCGAUCCUAGGGUUCCUAACUAUAAUCUAUUUUCGGCACGAGACAACAAAUUUCACGCCGGAAUGCGGCGAUUGGUGGCCAAUAUGUAUUCCAUGACGGCCAUAAAGUCUUACGAGCCUUACAUAGAGGACUGCAUCUCCACAUUACUGCGACAUUUUGAUGCAAUGGCUGCUCAAGGAGACUCGAUGGACUUACAGUUCUGGAUGCAGUGCUACGCAUUUGAUGUCAUCGGGCAGUUAGCCUAUGGGAAACGCAUUGGUUUCUUGGACUCUGGCGGGACCGAUAUUGACGGCAUCGUGAACAGCUUAGACGUCGGCACGGACUUUUCACUCCUUCUAGGCUUGGACUCUCGGCUACUGCCUUUGCUGGCUGCAAGAUACGGAAACCCAAUUUUCGGCUUACUGAACUGGGUCACAAAGCUCGAAAACCUUCGUAAAAUCUCAACUGAAGAGGUCCAGAAUGCAACGAAUACUGUCGAGGAUUUCUGCACGAAGCUGGAAAAGAGCCGGGAGGAAGAUCCCCUAACUUACAACACUUAUCGUGGUGACAAUGCUAAAGUAGCUAAUGUUACAGUAGGAAGCGACGCCACGAGUAUUCGCUGA